UUUUAAUAUUAUUUAAAUCAUGGAUCAAUUUGAGACUAUUGAAGGAAAGAUUCUGUACAUCACUUACAAUUUAUAUAAGAGAAAUCGCAUUUGUAUUCAAUAAAAGAAUGAAAUAAAAGGUUGAUAAUUUUAAAAUAAUCAAUAGACAUGUUGAUUACUAAAAAUCAUCGUAUUGAAAAAUUAAUACAAGAACUAAGAGGAGGACAUUGUGUAACUUAAAUUGAAAAUACCCUUGAAGCUAUUAAUGUAUGAUUAUUUAUAUAUUAUUUCUUAGGAUUUAAGUCCAAGAGAUUUAGAUGACAGUCUUAGCAAUUCAUAUAAAAAUAAAAGACCAAAGAGAUUUAAGUUUUUGAAAUCUAAUUUUCCCAAAAAUAUAGAUCCAAAAGAGAUAAAAGCAAAUGAGGAUACGGAUUCAUUGUCUCGAAAUUCUAAUUAAUAGUUUGAAUUUGAUUCAAGGAGACGUGUGUACUCUUUAGCAGCUGAUUCAUGUUGA